AUGAACGAGAAAAUACCAUCUCUAAUGUCUCUAGUAAGGGAAGAGCAGAGGAUCGGAGAGCAGACACCUAAGGUUUUGUCCUAUCAUCUACCACCUAAUCGGCUGCUACCAUAUGGAUGUACAUCUGCACCAACAAACGUACUUACCCCAGAGGACGUUGAACUACUGUUGAGUGUGCAAGAGUGGACCAAGGAUGUCGAAUUAUGUUUCACGUUUGGAGCAGAGAAUGUUGCAAAGUAUCAAUUUCUCUGUAGAGAACCCUUCACAAUAGGUCAAAGAACUUUUUUAAGUGAUAGAAUAACAGAGGAAUACCACCUUGCGGCAAUUAUAGAUAUGGUGGGGGAAGACGAGUUUGACUUCAGUGGACCUGGACUUGCUGAGAUAUUCAACCAGACGAACCUCGUUUUUGUCUAUCUAUUCUCCCUAGAGAUUGAAAAAGAAAGAUCAAUGUUUGGUAGGAAGAACAGGAGUACUAAUGAGUUUUCUCAAAUGCCUGGUGAUGAGGGUGGAGAAAGGAAUAACAUGACAAAAUAUUUGCCAACCACUCCUGACCGAUUUCAUCAACCUAUUAAUCCGAAUAACUCAUACACACGGAACGAGAAGAACGAAGGACAUCAAUUCUGUGAUUAUGAACAGAGAGAUACAGAUGUAGGUGACGAAGAUUGGAAUGAAUUCAUCAUUCUAGAUUUCGAAGGUACAAGAAGCAAAAGUUUUAAUAAUGGUGGCCAUGAAAAUAUAUUACCUUUAUCGACUGAUAUAAGUGUAGAUGAUUAUAUUACCCCUUCAAACCAACCUUGCAUUGUUGAAGUUGGAGAAUCAACAACCGGUUCUACACAAGGCUCCUUCAUGAAUCUCCAAUUUCCCAUUCAAAAUGACGUAUCACGUCAACGGUGUGGAGAACGAACAGGGAAGCUUACAAAGAUGCAGCCGACGAGGUAG